GUCAAAUAGAAAAAAAAAAAAAAUAAACGGAGUAGCGACAGCCAACGUCGCACGUGUUUUCAAUUGUUUCUCUAGUUUGAAAUUCCCUAAAAGUUAAAAAAAAUAUAAAAUAUAUAAAAAAUGCGUCGUCCCAAGAAGUAUGAAUCCGGCGAGGCGACCCAAUAUAUAACUCGCAGAGCGGCACUGCGUAAGCUACAGUUGUCUCUGAAUGAUUUCCGUCGUUUGUGCAUUCUGAAAGGUGUCUAUCCCAGAGAACCCAAACACAGACGCAGGGCCCAGAAAGGUUCUUCUGAGAUCCGGAUUUUAUAUCAUGCCAAGGAUAUUAGAUUCUUAUUGCAUGAACCAAUUGUGUGGACUUUGCGUGACUACAAGAUCUUCGCCAAGAAAACGGGACGUGAUCGCGCAAUCAAAGAUUUCCGUAACUUGAAGAGGCGUCUUGCUCAACAUCCUGAAUUGAAGCUCGAUCACAUUGUAAAGGAGCGUUAUCCCACAUUCAUCGAUGCCAUCAAAGAUUUGGAUGAUUGUCUGACACUGCUAUUUUUGUUCAGUACCUUCCCUUCGUUGCGUUUAAUUCCACGUGAACAAUCCGCCCUAUGUCGCCGAUUGACUAUUGAAUUCCUGCACUAUAUUAUUGCCUCGAAAUCUUUGCGCAAGGUUUUCAUCUCCAUUAAGGGCUAUUAUUUCCAAGCUGAAAUCAAGGGCCAAAAGGUCACAUGGAUUGUUCCCCAUUACUAUCCUUUCAAGCCACACUCCAAGGCUGAGGUUGAUUUCAAAGUGAUGUCAAUUUUUGUUGAGUUCUAUACAAUUAUGUUGGGAUUCGUCAAUUUCCGUUUGUAUCACAGCCUUAAUAUGGUAUAUCCACCACAAUUUCCUGCUUCCGUCUUAAAUGAUAAUGAAGAAACACUAAAGGAUGAACAUGCUUUUGUUUCGGAUCGUAUUGCUGCCUUGAAUUUUGAAUUAAUGCGCACCGAUACAGUAGUUGAGGAAGAGGAGGAUCUACAAAUGGAUAUGGAGUUGUUGGAACAAGAUGGCGAUUCCAAGAAGGUAUUGAAAAUGAAACAAGAUGCCCAAGAAUUGGCCAGACUACGUACGCUCUUCAAAGGUCUGAAAUUCUUCAUAAAUCGUGAAGUACCACGUGAACCCUUGGUCAUUCUGCUGCGUUCAUUUGGUGCUAAAGUUUCUUGGGACUCAACAAUCUUCCCGGGAGCCACAUUCGAUGAGACCGAUGAAACGAUAACCCAUCAAAUUGUUGAUCGUCCAAGUCUUAGCAAACAAUACAUUUCACGCGAUUACAUACAGCCACAAUGGGUGUUUGAUUGUGUCAAUAGAAGACAACUUUUGCCCACAAAUAAAUAUUUUAUGGGUGUUGUAUUGCCACCUCAUUUAUCGCCUUUCGUUGAUCCUAAACGUGAUGAUUAUGUACCACCAGAAGAAAAGGCAUUAAGCGAUCCCUCUCUUAUUGAAACUCACGAACAGAGUGAUGAGGAGGUAUCUGAUUCCGAUGAAGAAAAGGAAGAUGGCGAAGCUGCACAAAAUCUGAUGGAUGCCCAGCUGCAAUUGGCCUAUCAGGAAGAGAAAAUCGAAGCCGAUCAAUUUAUGGGCGACGAUGUCAACGAGGAUGAAGUUGAAGAUGAUGAAGAGGGGUCUGAAGAAGAAGUAGAUCCCAAAGAAAAGGCCCGAGUUGAGGAGAAAAAGAAAAUGGCUGUACAAUCUGGCAAAGUCCACAAAGAAAACAAACGCCAGCUACGUAAAAACGAAGUUGAUGAACAUCGUUUACAGGCCCGCAUGGUUAAACCACGUCAUCGCAAUCUUUUCCGUAAGCUGAUACGUGAAAAACAAGCCAAGGAAAAGGAAGAAUGGUUGUUGAAAAAGAAGCGCCGUGUUAUCGAGGCCGAGGAUAAGGCACAAAAGAAGGCUGCCAAGAAAGCGGCUAAAAAAGCUGUGGCUGCCUCAAUAGCCAUGUCUAGUUAGAUUAUUGUAUAUGAGCUAAUUUUCUAAUACAACUAAUUUUAUGGUCUUUUUCUUUAGCUAAUAAGUUUCAGGCGUUAUCACUAGAAUGUGAUAUAAUAAAAGAGUAGGCAUUUUUUUUAGAAACCAUGUAAAUAAAAUCUUUUAAAAUUAAUAUAA